AUGAGAAAUUACACAACAGUAACAGAAUUCAUUCUACUAGGAUUGACAAAUGAUCCACAGUGGCAGGUUGUACUUUUUACAUUUCUUCUUGUAACUUACUUACUAAGUGUGACUGGAAAUCUAAUCAUUAUCACGCUCACCCUUUCAGAUCCCCAUCUCCAGACUCCCAUGUAUUUCUUCCUUCGAAAUUUCUCCUUUCUGGAAAUUUCAUUCACAUCUGUUUGCAUACCCAGAUUCCUCGUCACCAUUGUAACAGGAGAUAGGACUAUCUCUUAUAAUGGCUGUGUGGCUCAGCUAUUUUUUUUCAUCUUCUUGGGAGUGACAGAAUUUUACCUUCUGGCUGCCAUGUCCUAUGAUCGUUAUGUAGCCAUCUGUAAACCCUUGCAUUACAUGACCAUCAUGAGCCAAAGGGUUUGUAUCCUCCUUGUCUUUAGCUCUUGGCUUGCAGGAUUCCUGAUCAUCUUUCCACCAAUAAUUCUUUUGUUACGUUUGGAUUUCUGUGCCUCCAAUAUAAUCGAUCAUUUUAUCUGUGACUCUUCUCCAAUUCUGCAGCUUUCUUGCACAAACACUCAUUUUCUAGAACUCAUGGCAUUUUUUUUAGCUGUUGUAACACUUAUGGUUACUUUAACACUGGUUAUUCUGUCCUACACAUAUAUUAUCCGAACCAUUUUGAGAAUUCCUUCCACAAGCCAAAGGAAAAAAGCAUUCUCCACUUGUUCUUCCCACAUGAUUGUUGUCUCCCUCUCUUAUGGCAGCUGCAUCUUCAUGUACAUUAAACCUUCUGCAAGGGAAAGGGUGACAUUAAGCAAAGGAAUAGCUGUGCUCAAUACCUCAGUGGCGCCCCUCUUGAAUCCCUUCAUAUACACACUAAGAAAUCAACAAGUGAAACAGGCCUUUAAGAGCAUGGUCCAGAGAAUAGCCUUUUCUUCAAAUAAAUGA